AACUUGGUUUACACAGUUAAUGUUUUGAACUUGGUUUACAGCGUGUCAUAUAGCGGCGGCUAAUUUUGUGAUUAGUGGCGGUUUUAACCACCGCUAAGUUUUAAUAAAAAAAAUUCUGCAGACACGUGCGUUUGGCACAAAUAUUGCGCGGUUUUUUUUUUUGCCGCUCUCGAAAUUCAUUAGCUUAAAAUCUUUUUCCCUUAAGUUUGAAAACCCUAUCACAACCGCUUCACUCACGUUUCACUAUCACAAAUAUUGCGCGAGUUUUCUCUCAUGGAAAACCCUUAGCACUGCUUCCCCAUCGUUCCUCUGCUUUGAUACGUUCGGAAUUUGGUGGCUAUUGUGCAAACAGCAUCGUUCCUUUGCUUGAUCCGUUCGUGGAUUUCAUCUUCUCUAUUCUCGGAACUGGUCUAAGAGACUUCAAAGAAGUCAAUCAUGGAUAAAUCUUGGAUUAAAAAGCCACGGAAUACACUUGAAUAUCUUGCAGUACUAAAUAGUUUUCUUGAUUUUGCAUUUGAACAUAAUUCUGGUUCAAAUACAAUAAUAUGUCCUUAUGACAAGUGUGGUUUUAAGAAGUGGCACACUAGAGAUGAGGUGCUUGACCACUUGUUAUGCAAACCAUUCCCUAAUGGUUACACAUUUUGGCAUCGUCAUGGGGAGACAAGACAAAGAGAAUUUGUUCUUAGAACACCUUCAAUAGAAGAGAGCACUCGUAAUGAAGAUCCAAUUCAGAGGAUGAUAAGUGAUGCUUUUGGGUUCUCUAACCACAUGAAUGAAGAACCUUAUGUGGCAAAUGAAGCAUGUGGUGGAGAUGAAAAUACCAUUCCAGAGUUGAAUCAAGGAAUGCAAGGCGAGGCUAAAGAAUUUUAUGAGCUACUUAUAGAUGGAGAGAAAGUUCUGUAUGAUGGAUGUACAAAAUACACAAAACUGUCCUUUUUAAUUAAGUUGUACCACAUCAAGAGUCUUUGUGGAGUCAGUAACAAAGCUAUGGAUAUGAUUCUUGCAUUGUUGCACGAUGCUUUUGAACAAGCAAAUAUACCCUCCUCAGGUUAUCAAGCGAGAAAAAUUGUUGACAAGUUAUGCCUUAAUUACACAAAGAUACAUGCAUGUCCCAAUGAUUGCAUGUUGUAUUGGGGGGAGGAUGAAGAUAAAGAAAAAUGUAAAGUAUGCAACACAUCAAGAUGGAAGAUUCCCAAAAAAAUGGAAGCGUUGGUGUAUAUUUUCUUCUUAAGAGGAGGAAACAACCUGCAAAAAUUCUACGUUAUUUUCCUUUGAUCCCUAGGUUGAAAAGAUUAUUCAUGUCUUCAAAGACGGCUGAAAGCAUGAUUUGGCAUGCUAAGGAAAAUAACAAUGAUGGUAUGAUGAGGCAUCCGAGAGACUCUGAGGCUUGGAAGCAGUUUGACUUGUCACAUCCUGAAUUUGCUAGAGACCCUCGGAAUGUACGUCUUGGCUUAGCAAGUGAUGGAUUCAAUCCUUUUGGGUCAAUGAGCAAUAGUUAUAGCAUUUGGUCAGUAGUACUUAUUCCUUACAACACUCCACCAUGGACUUGCAUGAAGUCAACAAAUUUCAUUCUCUCAAGUAUUAGUCCCGGGAAGCGACAAAUUGGAAAUGAUAUUGAUAUUCAUUUGCAACCACUUAUCUUAGAGUUGAAAGAAUUGUGGGAAAAGGGAGUGGAGACAUAUGAUGCUUCAAAAAAUGAAAUAUUCAUGAUGCAGGCUUGCCUUUUAUGGACCAUAAGUGAUUUCCCUGGCCUUGGGGUUUUAUCAGGAUGGAACACUUACACAGGGCUAGCUUGUCCUGUUUGUAACUUUGAUUCAGCUCCUCUUCGUCUUCCAUAUAGCAAGAAGUCGUGUUUUAUGGGGCAUCGUAGAUUUCUGCCUACAGGACAUCAGUUUCGGCAAAAUCAGAAUCGAUUUGAUGGAAGUGUUGAGGAUAGAGAUCCACCAAAACCAUUAACUGGAUCAGACAUUCUAAAUCAAGUUAAAGAUAUAAAUGUCACAUUUGGUAAAGAACCUGAACCUGAACCUGAACCUGGGUCAUCUAGAAAAAAAAGACCUCGUAAGAAGAAAAAAGUUGAUGGGAAUCAAACACAACAGUGGAAAAAGAAGAGCAUAUUUUUUCAACUUCCAUAUUGGGAGUUUAACUAUAUGCGUCAUAAUCUUGAUGUGAUGCAUAUUGAAAAGAAUGUGUGGUGAUAACAUCAUUUUUACUUUGUUGAAUGAUAAAGACAAACGAAAAGAUCACGUGGAGGCCAGAAAAGACUUGCAAGCAAUGGGCAUAAGGAGAGACCUUUGGCCAUUAGAGGAUGGUAAAAAGUGUCCAGCGGCUUUGUUUACAAUGACAAAGGAGGAGAUAAAUCUCAUGCUCAAUAUUUUGAAGGAUGUGAAAGUACCAGAUGGAUAUUCAAGUAACAUUUCAAGGUGCAUUGACACUCAACAAAAUAAGAUUUAUGGACUGAAAAGUCAUGAUUCUCACAUUCUAAUGGAGCAUCUACUGCCUUUAUCAAUAAGGAGUGUGUUACAUGUCCAAGUUUCUACAAUAUUAAUUGAUGUUUGCUCAUUUUUCAAGUCAUUAUGUGCCAAGGUAUUGGAUCCUAAAGAUUUGGACAGGCUAAAUGAAAGAACCAAACUUACAUUAUGUCAUAUGGAAAUGUUGUUCCCUCCUUCCUUCUUCACUGUUAUGGUUCACCUUAUGAUUCACUUAGUCGAUGAAGCCAAACUUGGAGGACCUGUGCACUAUCGUUGGAUGUAUCCUAUAGAGAGGUUUUUAGGAAAGUUGAAGUCUUUUGUGCAUAAUAGAGCAGAACCCGAAGGCUCGAUCGCUGAAGGUUGGAGAUCUGAAGAGAUGUUGACCUUUUGCUCAAGAUACCUCGAAAAUGAGAUUGAGACCAGAUUUAAUCGAGUAGGGCGCGUGGAUGAUGAACCCCUUCCAUCUGUUUCAACUUUGUUUCCUUGUAUAGGCAAAUCAGUUGGAGGUGCAACCAAUGUCAACUUAACAUCUAUAGAAAAACUACAGGCACAUCGGCAUGUGUUGAUUAACUGUGAAGAGGCCCAACGCUUUAUUGAGGAAUUUAGAUUGAUAACAAAGAGAAGAUUAAGGGAUCGUACGAGGUCAUCAAGUGAGAUAGAAAAGGCGGUUCAUCAAGGCAUUGUUGAUUGGUUUUACAAUCGUAUCACGUGUGAUUCCCAAGAAUCACACUCUAAUGAUCUUCGUGCACUUUCUCGAGGCCCACUUCAACAAGCAAGGAGGUUUAAUGCAUAUAAUGUAAACGGAUACAAGUUUCGAACCUUGCAACGAGAGGAGAUGUUGAAAACACAAAAUAGUGGUGUGUUUUGUAGCCUUGGAACUAAAAGUUAUGCAAGUUCUAGCGAUAAUAGGCCAAGAGAAGGUUUGGUUCCUUACUAUGGAAAAAUAGUUGACAUUAUAGAACUAAACUAUUAUGGUCGAUUUGUGGUGACUCUAUUCAAAUGUCAAUGGGCCAAUACUACAAACUACAGACAUGUGAAAAAAGAUGCAUUGGGUUUCACCUCAAUUAACUUUUCUGAUUUGAUUCAUACUGGUGAACGGGAAGAUGAUGAGCCGUAUAUUGAGGCUUCUCAAGCUCAAUUGAUUUAUUUCGUGGAGGAAAAAACAGACAAAGGAUGGUGUAUCCCAGUACACAUAAAACCAAGAGACUUUUAUGAUAUGGGGGAAGAUGCUGAGGAGGUCAUAUAUGAAAGUGAAUCUUUUCAACAACAAGACUUAGCCAUGGGUUGGCCAGAGGACAAUAUGGAUGUACACUUGUCAAGGCCUGGAUUGGAUGUUGAAUUUGACUAAUUGUAAUUGAUUUUAAAGACAUGGUUUUGAAGGCGAAGGUGUAGCCAUGUUAGAUAGGAAAGACUAUUGUCAUCACUUUAGUAUAAAUCUUCUCUUCUUUUUUGGCUUUUGUAGUAGUAGUUUCAAUGUUUGAAAUUAGCUUAAUGAGAUCAUUUUGUAAUACUUCUUAUUCUUGUACUUGGUUGAAGCACCCGUUGUGUUUCCUUUAAUGAAUUUUUAUGCAUGUCCAAAAAAAUUGUAAUAUUGUAAUUACUGUAAAAAAUUUAAGUUAGUUAGAUUCCUUUCUUAUUUUUAUAAGUUAAAUGUUUUGCAUUCUUUGCUUUACCUUAGUUGCAUUUUUUAAAAAAAUUUAUUAGCUCUUAGUUGC